UAUGGUGUCACAUACCACGAUCUUUUUCAUUCGGCCGCGUAGAAGAAGAUUGACCUGUGAUGAGUCCUUUGGUUAUUCAAUUUUAGUCAACAUAAAAUACAUGUAUGCUAUGAAUUGCUCGUAUAGACCAAGACCACAGCAAGUAGACAACAUUAGUAACGUUAAACGAAGGAACAGGUUAUUUAUGAUUAACCCAAUGGUUGCUGAAUCAAUAUGCAUAUGUAAUAAGAAUUGAUAUUCUUACUUCAUGUACUUUUACAAGAUAAGAGAGUAAUAAUGUUGGUAUACAUGUAUAUAUUUGAUAGAAUUAAACAUUUUUGAAGAUAAAGAUCCAGCUAGAGAGUCAUGUCUGACUUCCUCUUUUGAUAAUAUAUUUUACGCCAUAUAUUUGGUGUCAGUUGGAUGUAACCAUUUGUGGAAAUGACGAAUGUCAUUAUGAUUAUAGGGAGGAAAUGUUUAUCAAAUGUUAUAAAUACAAGAAAUAUCAGAAAUGUUUAACAGCGUCAUGGUAUACCAGCUUUCUCUUGCCAUUUCUCUGUUUUGCUGUACCAUAUUCUGUGCAUCUUUUAAUUGCGAAAGAUUUUCAGAACAGAAAUGUUAUAAAGACUGCCAGUGGAACGAAGCAUUCAACAAGUGUAUUGACUGUGAAACUGGUUUUUAUGGAGAAAACUGUUCAAGUCCAUGCAGAUAUCCGAAUUAUGGAAAAUAUUGUCAACAAGAUUGCUCACACUGUAACCUAGACGAGUGCAAUUCAAAACUUGGUUGUAUGUCAUCCGAUAUUCCAACUAGUCAAGAUUAUAAUACAUCAAAGGAAAAAUCCAUUAAACUGAAAUACAUCAUCAUUGGAUUAAUAGCAUUUGGAUUUUUUGCUACUUUCAUUAUUAUUGCUUAUGUGUACAAAAUGAAAAGACGGUCUUUUGAAAAUGAAAGGAAUUGGUCCUCAUUUGUGCAUAGACUUCGUUAUUAUUAACUUUGCUUUUGCAAAACUAAAACAAUUUGCUAUUUUUAAAAUCAUUUCAUAUAAUAAAAGUUUCAAAACAAAUAUGUGUCUAAAAUUUAAUUU